AUGCAGCAGGCUAAGAACAAGGACGAACAUGCUCGCGAUGUCCCCUUCCAAGUUUGUAUUCAAUAUAAGAGCUGUAUUCGGACUACACACAAAGCCAAAGCCUUCGCAGAGAUGCCCACUCCCGCAUUGCGCCCCGGAUUCAAAUCCGCAGCUACGGAAGGAAAUGAAAAUUUCACUUGUUCUGUUUGCAAGUUAGAGGCUGACUUGAUGUGCCCUUGCAAUAUACGACUAUAUUACUGUUCUGAAGUUUGCCAGGGUAAAGGGUGGUAUGAUUUUGGACAUGCGCACGAAUGCUCGGCGAAUCCUGAUCGCAAGCGUCCGCAUCCCAACACCUCCGUUGUGAGUUCGGCCACUGAAGACGUACUCAGACAGAAGAGUGCUCGGAUAUGUAAAGAAAAAUGUAUAAGUGAACCCCUCGCGCCUAAGAAUGCGCUUAGAGUCCUGGAUAAUGUUGAACAUGCAGAUACGAGAUAUGAUAUAUCUGUAGCGACAGUACCUGAAGCGAGAGAGAGAUGAGAUGCUAAUUUGUGUGUGAAAGCGGACACUGAGUGCGUUGCUGAGGGGUCCAAAAUUGGGAAAGCGUGUACACCUUCAAACGCACCAGUCACCGCGGAUUCGAAAGUUGGAGCUGGCAGUCGUUCAAAUUGU